UCUAAAACCGACCCCCUUCUCUCAUUCUUUCGCCUCGAUUCGACCAUCGAGGAAGGAAGAAGCUGUUGUGUGGCGGUGUCGCUGACGCCACCCUCCACCCUCCCUCCCAACACCCGAUCUCCCAUCCCUAACGCGUGGAGGAUUCAGAUCUUGAUCGCCCCCGAUAUCUGUUGUCUGUCUGGUUUCGUUCGGUUUGGGGUUUGAAAUCGAGUUUCAGAUCCGGAUCUUGCCAUCCGAUCGGGGAUUCUCGUGGAUUCCAGCUCGAAAUCCGUGAGCCCAGGGCCCGAGGGUUGGCCUUUGACCCAUCGCUGCCGAGAUACGGACCUAUCUUGCCUUGCCGUCGAUGGAGGCAAUGGAGGAGUUGAGCCAGCUCGCGGAGUCCAUGAUGCAGGCCGCCGCACUCCUCGCGGACGAGGACGUCGACGAGGGAUCGACCAAGCGGAGGACGUCCACCUUUCUCAACGUCGUCGCUCUCGGCAAUGUCGGUGCUGGCAAAUCAGCAGUGUUGAACAGUUUAAUCGGACAUCCCGUCCUGCCGACAGGAGAAAAUGGUGCAACUCGGGCUCCUAUAAGCGUUGAUCUGCAAAGAGAUGGCUCGCUGAGCAGUAAAUCAAUUGUUUUACAAAUUGAUGGCAAAUCCCAGCAGGUUUCUGCAAGUGCUCUCAGGCAUUCCCUCCAGGACAGGCUAAGCAAGGGCUCAGGAAGGAGCCGCACAGAUGAAAUCUAUUUGAAGCUUCGGACUAGCACAGCACCUUCGUUGAAAUUGAUUGAUUUACCAGGCUUAGACCAACGGGCUAUGGAUGAUUCUGUGGUCAGUGAUUAUGGGGCACAUAAUGAUGCAAUAUUGCUUGUUGUAGUGCCGGCUGCUCAGGCACCAGAUAUUUCUUCUUCUCGUGCUCUUAGACUGGCUAAAGAGUUUGAUGGAGAAGGGACAAGAACAAUCGGUGUAAUUAGCAAGAUUGAUCAAUCUGCCGGGGACCAGAAAACUCUUGCAGCAGUUCAAGCUCUUCUGUUAAAUCAGGGGCCAAGGAGUGCUGCCGAUAUUUCUUGGGUUGCUCUGAUUGGUCAGUCUGUUUCUAUUGCUUCAGCACAAUCUGGAUCAGUUGGAUCUGAGAGCUCACUUGAAACUGCAUGGAGAGCGGAGACUGAAAGUCUUAAAACCAUUCUUACUGGAGCUCCACAAAAUAAGCUUGGCAGAAUAGCAUUAGUUGAUACUCUUGCAAAGCAAAUACGUAAAAGAAUGAAGAUCAGGCUGCCAAAUCUUCUCUCUGGAUUACAAGGUAAGUCCCAGAAUGUGCAGGAUGAGCUGUUUAGGCUUGGUGAACAAAUGGUGCAGAGUGCAGAAGGUACCAGGGCUAUUGCCUUGGAGCUUUGUCGGGAGUUUGAGGAUAAGUUUCUGCAGCACAUUGCUACUGGUGAGGGUGCAGGUUGGAAAGUUGUUGCAACUUUUGAAGGAAAUUUUCCCAACAGAAUAAAACAGCUUCCAUUGGAUAGACAUUUUGAUAUCAAUAAUGUCAAAAGGAUUGUGUUGGAAGCUGAUGGUUAUCAGCCAUAUUUGAUAUCUCCAGAGAAAGGUUUGAGAUCUUUAAUAAAAGGAGUUCUAGAACUUGCAAAAGAACCAUCACGCCUUUGCGUAGAUGAGGUGCAUCGUGUUCUAGUGGAUAUAGUUUCUGGUGCAGCGAAUGCUACCCCAGGACUAGGCAGAUAUCCUCCAUUUAAGAGAGAGGUGGUUGCAAUUGCAUCUACUGCAUUAGAAAAUUUUAGAAAUGAGGCCAAAAAGAUGGUGGUUGCAUUAGUUGACAUGGAGCGUGCUUUUGUUCCCCCACAACAUUUCAUCCGUCUAGUCCAGCGGAGAAUGGAUAGGCAGCGCAGGGAGGAAGAGUUGAAGAAUCGAUCAUCGAAGAAAGCAAAUGAAGCUGAGCAGGCCAUUUUGAAUAGAGCAUCAAGCCCUCAACCAGGAAGUCAAGGUGGUAGCUUGAAAUCAAUGAAGGACAAAUCAAAUCAACCAGAAAAAGAAACAAAAGAGGGCUCAGCCUUGCAGAUUGCUGGACCUUCUGGAGAAAUAACAGCAGGGUUCUUACUGAAAAAAAGUGCAAAAACAAAUGGCUGGAGCAGGCGAUGGUUUGUCCUCAAUGAGAAAAGUGGAAAGCUUGGAUACACUAAAAAGCAGGAGGAGAGGCACUUUCGUGGGGUUAUCACAUUGGAGGAAUGUAACGUUGAAGAGUUCUCUGAGGAGGAUGAACCUCCUAAAAGUUCGAAAGACUCCAAAAAGGCAAAUGGACCAGAAAAAGACCCAACUCUCAUCUUUAAGAUAACUAGCAAGGUUGCAUACAAGACUGUUUUAAAAGCCCACAGCACUGUAGUGUUAAAGGCUGAGAGCAUGGCUGACAAAGUUGAAUGGGUGAAUAAGAUACGAAAUAUUUCUGGACAUUCCAAGGGAACUCCCUCGAAGGGGGCUAGUGAUUCUGAAGCUGGUCUUAGACAAAGCCAUUCUGAUGGUUCACUAGACACAAUGUCUAGAAAGCCGGCUGAUCCAGAAGAAGAACUUCGAUGGAUGUCUCAAGAAGUUCGGGGUUAUGUGGAAGCUGUCUUGAACAGCCUUGCCGCAAAUGUUCCGAAGGCUGUUGUGCUUUGUCAAGUUGAGAAAGCUAAGGAAGAUAUGCUAAAUCAGCUAUAUAGCUCUAUAAGCGCUCAAAGCACAGCAAAAAUUGAAGAACUAAUCCAGGAGGACCAAAAUGUGAAGCAUAGACGAGAAAGGUUCCAAAGGCAGUCAUCUCUUCUUUCAAAACUUACACGCCAGCUAAGCAUCCAUGACAACCGUGCAGCUGCAGCUAGCUCUUCAGAUGGUAGCACUGGAACAGAAAGUAGCCCAAGAACCAACAUUUCUUCAGGCGAUGAUUGGAGAUCAGCAUUUGAUGCUGCAGCAAAUGGAUCUGUUGAUGGCUCAUACACUGGGUCAUCAAGAUCCAGCAGCAGCAAUGGGCGGCGCCAUGGUAAUCCAACCCAGAAUGGCGAUGCAAGUUCAGGCGCAAACUCUGGUAGCCGUCGGACACCAAAUAGGUUGCCACCUGCUCCACCACAAGGCGGUUCAUCAUCGUAUAGAUACUAAGUGGCUGGUGGUGUGAUUGGGAUUAGAUAUACUAUCCAUCAUUGAUGAAUGCAAAUUACCUAUGUGCUUUGGCAUUCUUUUCAGCUGAUUCAAGCCACAGAAGAUCAAAAACAAUCUAUCGUGCUACCCCCGUUGGCUAUGGUUCCAUUCCGUAUGCAGAAGCCUUUUAUCUAUCUGAAAAAUACACGAUACACCGACCACCGGAUCUUCCUGGGGUAGCCUGUUUUGUCAUAAGAUUGGCUUUGCUGUUAUUCUCCCACCUAGUUAUUAGUUGUAAUAAUUCAUUGCAGUCUCGAGGUUUUGAUUGUCUGAGCUCGUGGUACAAUGCAUUGUAUCUAAAAACGUCCUUUUUUGAGAAAACUUAUUAUUCAUCUGUUACGUUUU